AUGAAUAAUUUGAAUUCCAUAGCACCUGACGUUGAAAAGAAUUCUGAUUCUAUCGACUCCUCUUCGUCAACAUUCACGAAAAAAGGUUUAGAAGAUGAUUUAAAUCCGGAUUCUUAUAAGGAGGAACAAGUUUUCAAUGGCCAAGAAUUUGGUGGAGAAAAUUAUAGAAAUACCAACACUGACAAUGCAGCAUUUGAUGAUGAGGAUGAGCUAGAAAUCGAUGAUAAAGCAACGAUACGUCAAUUGAAACGUAGAAUAAUUGUUUUAGAAACGGAAAAUCGCUCCUUACUGAAGGCAAAUAUAAAAAUGCAGAAGAAAGUUGUUGACUGUUUCACACAAGUGCAAACAACUGUUAACAAUAUUUCUAAUUCAGCGCAAAUAGAAUUGGAAAGAAAGAUUUACACUGGCGAAGAAUUGUCCGUGGGGGAAAUAAAUGAAUCAGCAAACCAGAUUCAUGCUGGGUUUGGUGUCUGGGUGGACCGAGAUAAAUAUGAUACGAUUAGAUAUUCACAUAAGAUAAACACCCAAAAGUUUAUAAAACGAAUGGCAUCUGAGAUUUUUGGUGAUGAUGUACUUAAAGCUUCUACAGUGAAAGGGCAAACAGACAAACCUGCUCUUCAUGUUAUCGGUAUUGAAGCUUUAAAAGCUAUUAGUAAAUAUUGGAUGAAGGAAGUCAGAAAUAUGAGUGACUCAGAUAUUGUAAAGGAGCUCUUGAGUGUUACGAAUUACCUCAACCACAAAAUCAACGAUCUUAAUCGUACUAAUCGUACACCGAAAAAAGCGAAAGGUGUUAAAAGAAAACAAACAGAUCAAAACUCUAAGACUGAAAUCAAGAAACAAAAGAAGAAUUCUUCUAAAAACGUGACAAAAGAUGGGUCGAAAUUAAAAAACCCGAACAGUACUGUUGAAAAAUCGAAAAGCGAUAAUAAAGAAUCAGAAGUUAAUGAAGAUGAGAUUCAGGAACGCAGUUCCGAAAAGUUAGAGAAAGAUGACUAUUCGAGUGAUUGGGAUAGUAAAAAAUUAUCGGAUGCUGAAAGUGACGAGGAUAAAGAGGUUGAUAUUGAAAGCUUAGAGGAAAAAGUUGAUUCUCCAGAGCCAAAAGAGCUGUCGGAUAGUGAUGAAAACUAACGUAACUU